AUGAGUACGGACGAAAUUGAGGCCACUAAUGACGUCAUUGAACAUCGCGAAGCGAGCCUUAUUGUAUUACCACCAAUUAUUUUGGGCUAUGAAGAAUUAUAUGAAGAUGCAAAAGAUGAUGAAUCUUUUCUUGAUAAUGAUGGCAAAAAUAAACACGAUCAUAAUCACGAUAAGCAUAACUCCCAUGGAAAAGGUGAUAAACAUGAUGAUGUUGAUCAAGAACAAAAACAUCACAGCGUUGAGCGUAAUGAAACAAAACAUGAUGCAAAUCAUCUUGAUAGUGCAGAGAACCAUAAAAAUAAUAAUAUUAACCACCAAAAUUACAGUAGUGAUUACUAUAGUGAAAACGUUGGUGAACGUUCAAAUAAACUAGCACAUAGGUUAAAAUGUCGUGCUGGUAAAAAUAGAAAUGGAUGUCCUUUCAAAACUAUAUAG